AACGUUAAAAAUUCAAACUAAAAGAAAAUGUUGCAGUCUUUGGAUACUUUAUCUUUAAAUCGUUCCAAUACCUCUUUGUCUUCUGUUACACCCUCUACUCCCAUCACCAUAACUUCAUCAGCAUCAUCGGAGGAGAAACAGCAACGUAGAAGGUCUACAUUUUAUGUGCCCUUAGUUAUAGAGGACGACGAACCAGAAACUUCCUCAAAUUCCGCCCAACAAAACGACGAAGUUGAUAAAAGCUCCAAUAGCGGUAGUUUGUCCAGUUUAGCUAGUCAUUCUACUAGUAGCAAGGAUUUUAAAAAUUCUAGCAAUAUCAGUUUAAAGAAAUCCUCUUCUACCAUUUUGAAACCCCUUAAUAUUAAACAGAAUUCGGGCUCUCCUAGAAGUGCCACCACCUCGGUAAAGGUAACCACUUUAUUGUUUGAAAGAGCCAAUAGUACUUUGGGUUUUAGCACCACAUCUUCCAACUCCUCUAACGCUUCUUCGGGCUAUAGAAGUGGCAGUUCCAAGAGUUCUAAGAAAAUGGCUCCUCCUUGUGGUUUCAACUGGAGUUUAACGGGAGUCACUGAUGACAUGUCUGCCGAUUUGGAUGAGGACAGUGAUGCAGCAGAAUUUAUUAUAGCCAUGCAUAAAAAUAAAAGCACCAAAACGUCUCCUCUCAAUACACCUUUAAAAGAAACCACUUCUUCCAGCUCAUCUUUAAGCAGCACCAAAAGAACUAGCAAGACUUCUUUAAGUUCGGCAAAGACCACAUCCACCAAUCGUUUGAGUUCCAUAAGCAAUAAAUCUCUGCUACAAACCACAUCUAACAAUCAUUCCACACCCAUAGCCAAACAAAGAGCCCAGUCUCAAUCUACAGCACGCACUAAACGCUAUGGCAUAGUGCUUAAUGGUCUGGAUGACAGCAAUUCUCCUCGAAGCUCUUUGGGUUCCGCCAUAUCUGAACAAUUGGCCACCACAGAGGCCCGUAAAUCCUCUAGUUCUUAUAAGAGCUCUAACUCCUCCAACAACAAAUGGUCUUCCCCGGCUCCGCGAACCCAAUUCAAUGAGGAAAAUGAUAUAGUGGUAACCCCCAGCUCCAAUACAACGUCAUCAAUUCAUAGCACACGUAAUAAUAGUGGCUCUCAAACAAACCAUAAAACCAAUACCAAACAAACCCCUGUAAAAAUGAGAGACAACAGCCAUAACUCGGCUCUUAAGUCAACACCAACAACGCCAGCAACACCAAUACAAAAUUGCAAUAAUGAAUACGAUGAUGACGAUGAUUCAGAGAUAAGUCGCAUGCAGACCAAUACAUCGACACCCAUUAAAAUGAUGAAAUCACGCUCGCGUACGAACAUCUUAUCAGUACCCUCAUCGUCGUUGUCGUCGUCGUCUACCUCUAUGGCGUCUAAACAUCUACAAAGCUCUGAGCAAAAUCUAAUCAAUGUCGCCAAAAUAAAAGCUUCAACUUCGUCGUCUACCCAUACCAAACAAACUACCCAUACAACCACCACCACAAACAUUACAAAAACAACGCAGGGCACCAAUAUUGUUACCUCUACACCUUGUGUUUUGCGAAUAAAAUCGAAAACUUUGCCGCAAAAUCUAUCGCCCUCAGUUGCUUUAAAACAAGGUGAAGCAUUAGAUCACGCCGCUUCGUCGUCCACCGGUUCUCACACACAAAAUAAUUCAGCAAAAACUAAAAAAUCGCCCCUGGAAACUUCAGCCUCAUUGAAUCGUAAAUUUGGUGGCAGUCAGGCGUGUCAUUUGAAUCGUGAUACUGCAAAAAAUGCCAAAUCAAACGCGGUUAAUACCAUUAUAACAACAGCUUUUCCACCCAAGAACUUGUUUCUGCUGAAAUCCACACCAAAACUAACCAAUUCUAUGUCGUCUUCCUCGGACAAUUCGCUGACCUCACCGCCCGCCAACAAUCCCAAAAACUAUCCACCACAUCCCCAUCAAAUAACUUCACCCGCCAAGAAAUCACUGUCAUUCAUACGUCGCGCUCAUUCAACCAAAUUGUCGCGCAGCAAUUCGCUUCUAAAGUCCAUAGCUUCGCAACAUCAACAGCAAAUGCAGGGCACCAAUGGCAGCAUUAAUUCCGGCACUGCCGGCUCGGCCUUCUGUAGCGGCAGUUGGGGCAAAGAUUUCUAUAUGCAAUAUGAUGUGUGCCCUUUGGCGGUGGAUGAAUUGGAUUCGUAUUUUCGCGCCGAAAAGUGUACGGAAUUGAUACGCGAACGUUUUAAGAUAAUCGAUGUUAUGGCCGCGGCUAAUGAGGAGAAUUGUUCGGCUACGGAUACGCUGAUACAGGAUAAUUCGAAUGCCUCGUCGAUGGGAGAGGGUACUAUACGUAAUAUUGAUAGUAGCUGUAGUAGUCCCUCGGAUAAGGAGCAGUCGCAACACGAACACAAUCAUCAUCAUCACCAUCAGCUGGAUGAUGAUGAUGACGAUGAUGCUGGACAUCAUUCGGAUACUUCAUAUGAAAAAGCAUGCAGGCGUGGCUCAGCACCAGCGACACCCAUAUUGGGUCAAAAACAAAAUCAACAGGAGAACAAUACAACUUCAAGAUUUACAAAUUUCUUUUCAAAAAGAUCGAAUCCUUUAAAACGUACAAAAUCUGUGACCAAACUUGAACGCACUAAACGAGGUUCAGGCGGUUUACGAGGCUCUCGUUCUCAUGAAAGUUUACUUUCCAGUCACGCUGUAAUGUCUACCAUCGAUCUCUCUUGUACCGGUGCUGUGGGUGUGGCACCCGUUCAUCAGUCCGUUUUGGGACGCCGCUACUGUUUCCAGGUACGCGGUGGACCACGCGGCGAACGCUAUUAUUCCUGUGGCUCACGUCAGGAACGUGAUCUCUGGAUAUAUUCGUUGCGCAAAUCGAUUGCGCCGAAUGCUGAACACACCCGCCACACAGACAACUCUCUGAAAAUGUGGAUAUACGAGGCCAAAAAUCUACCACCAAAGAAAAAAUACUUUUGCGAACUCCAUCUCGAUAAGACCCUCUAUGGUCGUACUAGUGUUAAGCUACAAACCGAUUUACUCUUCUGGGGUGAAUAUUUCGAUUUUCCCGAUAUACCCGACAUUAAUGUCAUCACGGUGAAUGUUUUCCGCGAAGUGGAGAAGAAAAAGAAACGCGACAAGCACAUGUUCGUGGGCUCGGUUAAGAUCCCCAUACACGAGGUGACCACACGUUUGUUUUCCGAAGAUUGGUAUCCAAUACUCAGCGAGAAGAAUGAUAGUCUUAAUCGUAAUGGCAAAGAGGUUAUACCCACGUUGCGCAUUAAGUGUCGCUUCCAGAGUAUUGACAUUUUGCCAAUCAAUGUGUAUGCCGAUUUCUUGGCGUACCUCAAGGAAAACUACAAGAAAGUGUGCGAAACCUUGGAACCGGUUAUUGGGGUGAAGGCCAAAGAGGAUAUAGGCCAGUCUUUGGUGUUGCUAAUGCAUGCUCAAGGCUUGGCGGGAGCCUUUUUGACCGAUGUUGUGGCUUUGGACUUGUUGCGAGUGGGCGAUCAACGUUUAACCUUCCGCGGCAAUUCGUUGGCCACCAAGAGUAUGGAGGCAUUUUUGAAGCUGACCGGUGAACAGUAUUUGCAGGAUACUUUGGCGGGGCCCAUUAACGAAAUCAUACAAUCGGAUCGUGAUUGUGAGGUGGAUCCUACCAAAGCGACUGGUUCGCUACAACGACAACAGGCCUCUUUGAGAGCAGCCGUGCGCAAUGCUUGGCAGUGUAUUUACGAGUCCAGCAAGCAUUUUCCACCGCAAUUGCGCAAUUGUUUUGCCACGUUCCGUGAAAGACUAGAGCAAUUGGGCCGCCAGGAUAUGGCCGACAAUUUGAUAUCGGCCUCCAUAUUUUUGCGUUUCUUGUGUCCGGCCAUAUUGUCACCCAGUCUUUUUAAUAUAACCAAUGAACUCCCCUCCUCCCGUGCUACCCGCAAUUUAACUUUGGUUGCCAAAACCUUACAAACCUUGGCCAAUUUUACCCGCUUCCAGGGUAAGGAGAAUUUCAUGGAAUUCCUUAACGAUUUCCUAGAACAAGAGGCUCCCAAAAUGAAAGAGUUUUUACAAAACAUUUCCACCCGGCCCGAACACUCUACCCCCGAAUCUAUAUUGGAUUGGGCUGGCUAUAUAGACCAAGGCAAACAGCUGUCCAUUUUACACAUGCUGCUCAGCGAAAGUGUUACCAAAUUGCCAGAGGCUAGACAACAGGAUCUAGAUCCUUUGCAACACAUUUUAGAUGAAAUUACCAAAGCCAAAGAAAGCAACAAUUAUAUGCAACAUUUACCAAGCCACAACAUGAUGAUGUCCACCUCUUCCACAAGUGAAAAUCAAGAGAAUCGCAAUCCCGAUGAAAUGAUGACUUCUUGCAGUUCGGCAGGCGGUUCAACGGCUGGUGUUGUGCAACAACAGCAGGCCCAAUUGGCUCAGCCGCAACAUGCUGUGGUCACAAAACCGGUACCAGCCGAGAGAGGCAUAAUGCGUGGUGUUUUAACCCCCAGCUCUUUGGAGAAGAACAUAUUCCGCUACAAUGAUCCCACGGUAAAUGGUUUGUUGCAACAACAGCAACAGCAGCAACAACAAAGUCUUACCAACAUGGACAAAAGACACUCGAACUCACAAAGUUCUAUUGCGGGCUUGUCCUACACGGGAGGUUUGCAGCAUGCCCAAAGCCAAAGUUCCAUAGCCAGUUCUUCGCAGCUUAUGAUGCCCGCAGGUGUAACCCAUCAUUGUCCACCUGCUCCCAAUGCCAGCGCUUCAAAUACCAUGGAGCGUUUGUAUUACACGGCUGCCAGUUCAAAUGGCAAUCUCUCCACCGUUAGCCACAAUGGCAAUGAUAGUGAAGUCAGCUCCACCACAGGACAAAUAAGAGCCACCACUUUGCCCCGGGGCAAUAACAAUAAUUACGAUGAAUCCACGGGUGAUUUUAUACAAAUUUCUGGUUUGGACACCAACAGUGCAUUUGUUCGCAAGUCACCUACACCCAUGUUAAAGAACCAAAAUAACCAGGGUGUGGUGGGCAAUGCCGUGAACAUGUUAAAUGCUGCCCAACAAAAACAACAGCAACAGCAAAGAUUGUUAAACAAUUCCACCUUGAGUUUGACAUUGAGCGAUCGUACGCCCAGUAAAUUAAAUCUGGGCAUACCCGAUCAUUCAAGCUCGCCUUUGUCACACAAAAUGUCCAAUUACCAAAGACCCCGGGAAACUAAUCCCAAUUCGAAUAUGCCCAUGAAUCUGGAAGAUUUAGAUGAUCUAUUCAAAUAUGCCGAAGAGCAUGCCGUCGUUGGGGAGGUACAGCCGGCGGGAAAUCAUAAAAACAAAGAGCAAUUAUCGGGCAAAACCAGUCAUGGUUCUAGUUCUGGUUACCAAAGCAUAAAUACUCAAAGUCCUCUAGAGUCUCAACAGCAGCAGCAGCAACAGAAAACAGCAGCAGCUCCAUUGGCCUUUAAGAAUCCCAGCUAUCAAUUGCAAAACACUUCCACACCUUCCUCGCAAACAGCUCACCAUCAUCAUCACCACCAUCACCACCACAAUCAGCGUACCUACAACAAUGGCGGUCUUACAGCCCAUCAACAAUUGUUCGGUCCAGCUGGCGGCAACAAUAGAUCAUCGAAAAAUUCGAAUAGCGGUGGCUUGGUGGCCGCCCGUGCCGCUUUAUUAAAUAAUGCUGCCCCCCUAACGCCCUCCUCCAGCGAGGAAAGACUCUCCAAUGAUAAUUAUCACAAUUAUGCCCCAGUUAACAAGCUUUUAAAGUCUCCUUCACACGGCCAUUUGGAAGCCCAAAGAACUUUAAGUGGUGGCAGUACUUCAUCGGCCUCCAGCUCGAAUAUGCCGGGUUUUAAUACAUCCGCUCAACAACAGCAGCAGCAACAGCGUAUGCCACGCACUAAUCCCCAAUUUAAACGGGAGGAUAUUUAUGCGCCUUUAAAUAAUGGCAGCAAUUAUUUAACAUCAUCGUCGGCCUCCUCGGCGGGUAGUAAUGGUAUUAAUCAUCCAGGUACAGUGGCUAUAUACAAUAAUGCCUCGCGUACUGGCCAACAGCAGCAGUAUGGCAAUAAUGCUGCCUCCAUGAUAAUGGCGGGCAAUGGACGCUAUCAGCGCAGGCUGAGUUUGGAUUCGGCCCGGACAUUGUCGGACAGUUCAACGGAUACAGAAGGCCAUUGUCCUCCCCACGAAGGCAACAAACGCCGUCGCCAGCCACGCACUCACAUUAACAACACAUCAAAUGGUGGUGGCUUCCAGCAUGUCUCCAAUUCCACCGCUCUCAGCAGCUUCGAUCAAAACGGAGAAAUACAAUUGCUGCAAGAAACUUUAGACACUUUGCGUCACACCCUGGAUCGUGAUGAGGCCGAGCUAAGAGAUUCUAGUGAUGAACUGUUCGCUUUACAACGAUGCAAUGGUUUUCAGCAGACAGCCAAUGGCAGCUCGGGAGCCCUGGUGGGCAAUAAUUUAAGUCUACAAUCGGAAUCCACCAUGAGGAGUAUUAUAGAUCGCAGAAAUUUUAUAUUCGACAGGUUGAUAACCAUGGAGGAGGAGCUGAGACGUGAACAAUUGAAAAUGUCGUUGGCUUUGUCGCACAAGCAAAAGGUGAUCGAGGAACAAGGGCAACAGAUAGCAGCUUUAGAUGCAGCCAAUAGUAGAUUAUUAAGUGCUUUAACGGCUUUAAGACAACGUUACGAGACCCAGCAUCAACAGCAGAAUCAACAAGCGCAGCAAUAAAUAAAAUUAAAGGAAUCAUUUUCUAACCUUUUUUAAUAUGUACCACAAAACCUGUUAAAGCCCCCUUUCAUAAGUUUUUCUUUUUUAAAUAUAAUUUAACUGUUAAGUUUAAACAAGUAUUUUUUUAAUGUAAUUUAAAAUUUUAUCAUUAUUAUAUUAUUAUAAUUUUCCCUCUUAAAGAGUGUUAAAUUUUUAAAAAAUUUGCACAUUUUCUAAAGGAAACCAAACAAUUAAUGUUGGGAAAAUAAACUUUAUUAGUUUAUGCUAAAUAUUCUUUACUAAAAAUCUUUUAUAAUUUAAAAGUUAUACUUUACUUUUGUAAGUCAUUUAUAUUUUUUAAUUUUCCCCCCAAUUUCUUUGUUUAUUAUUUAAGUAUUAUUUGCUAACACAAAACAAACAAGAAUUUUUUUUAUUAAAUUAUAAAUAUUUAUUAUUUAAGCCCCCCCUUACAAAUUUUAUAUAAACAUAAAAUAAAUUUAUAAAAUAAUACAACAAAAAUCUAUAUAAUCGUAUAAUAUUAACCUUUAAAUAAAAAGGAAAUUCAUAAAAAAAACUUUAAAAAUUCAAAUUUUUUUUUAGUUUUUUUUAAUAAUUUUAUUGUCAUUGUAAAAAAUUGUUUAUUUAACCAAAGUUUAUGUUUUAUUAUUCAAACGUUUUAACUUUUUAAUUGAAAAGUUUUACAGGGAAACUUAACAACAACCAAGCCCUUUUUUAUAUAAUUUCUUUAAUGUGUAUAUGUUUAUUAACGUUUUAAUUUUAAAAAUAAUUUAAUUACAAAAACAAUAAAUAUUAUUAUAAAUAAAAUAAACAAACAACUAAAGCUUUUAAACAAAAUUUAUAAAUGCUUUUAAAAUCGCUUUUAAUAUAAAAAUGAGAAGGAAAAUUUAAAUCAAAUAUAAAAUUUAUUAAAAUAAAAAACACAAUUAACAAUUAAGCAAUAACCAAAAAAAAAAAACAAACAACAGCAACAAUAUUAUCUAUACAAUAAAAAAAAACACAAAUAUUUAAAACUAUAAA